AUGUCAAUACUUUAAGAUAAAGAUUUGAUUGGUUAAUUUGCAGAGAGCGUGGGUAUCAAGAAACUUGAGAAAGAGGUUGAGGACUUGAUACUAUCAGACCUUGAAAGCAAAGUGCUAGAGAUACUCUAGGAAAGUAAAAAGGUCAUGAGACAUUCGAAGAGAGAUUACUUAAAAACUGAUGAUGUCAAACUAGCCAUGGAAAAGCUAUCUAUACCGAAUAUGUUUGGAUACCCGUCAACAAUACCUUAUACUUUUGAAAAAGUUCCAGACGCUCAAUUUCUAUGGUUUGUUAAGUCUUAGAACAUAAACUUGAAAGAAUUCGCAGUAAAACCUAAACUAUACACACCUUUUGCCAGCACUACUUAUAAAAUUCACUUCGAAGCUCUUGAUGGAAAUCAACCUUAGAUAGCAGAAACUGUACAGGAAAAAGACUUCUAAUAAUACGGCAGCAUGCCUUUAAUCAAAGUUGACAUUUAAGAUGAGAAGAAAAGAGAAGAAGAGAGAAAGGAAUAGUAAAGAUUAGAACUUCUAGAUUAGCAAAAGAAGAUGUAUGAAUAAAAGCAAAAAUAGACUCAGUAAUUGACCAAGGAGCUAGACGCUUUUAAGUAGAUGUUUAUUGAUAGCUAUCAGAAACUGGAUAAGAGUCUUCUUCUUGGAGAUCAAAAUGAGUAGGUUGAAUAUGACACCUAGGUCAGGAAACUACUCCAAGAGAUGCAAUAGUCACCUUCUCUUAACAACAUUUUUUCGUCACUUGCCAAAUUUAUUGAAGAGAAAAAUGUAAAGAAUAUUUUGUAUUCAAUGUUUUAAGAAAUAAAUCAUCAAGAGUAUGGAUCAAAUGAAAAAGCCAUUGACAAAGAGUUAAGAGAAAUUCCUGACUCAACUCCUUAUGACGAGACUGAGGUUCUUCAACUCAAAGAUAGGGCUGCAUAAGUACUCUAAUUGUUAAUGCUAAAGCCCUAAUUCAGACAACCUGAAAACAAGAAAUUGAUAGUUUUGCUGUUCCUUAAUAGACUCUUUUAAAGCCAAUCACAAUAAUAUCCCUAAUAAAAUGUCCCAAUUGAAUAGCAAUAGAUAAAUAAUAUCGAAAUAAGUGGACUCAUUAUGUAUGGAGGCCUCACUUCUCUGAGAAAAUUUGGGCCAUAAAUCACCAAGCUUGCAAUAAUACCCCAUUUAAAAAGUCUGUCUGAUUAACUGGUGAACAAAAUGAAUUUAUACUAAGGUACCAAUAGCAGAUAAAUAAUUGCAGUCUAGAGAUCUUUCGAAGUUCUAAAGGAAAUCUGCUUAGAGGUAAUUAAUUACAUGAGAUAAAAUGAGAGAACUGAUACCAAUGGAUUAAAGGAUGUGAUAGAUGCUACAAGAAUGGUAUUCGGAUAGUAAUUAGAUCCACACAUAAAUUAAUUCGAGCAAUCGAUUAUCCAAUGA